AUGGUCCCAAAUGCGGCCUUAAUGACAACAGCGAUGGGCACCCCUGCGGCCAGUACAAGGAAUAUGGGUGCUGUGGCGGCUCUUGCCACUGCUGCAGCCAAUGGGCACGCUUCUCCAAAUGCUUCCUCUGGGGUGCAUCCAGCUCAUUUCACGUUGCCUAUGUUAAUGGACCAAGGUCUCCCCGAUGAUCCUGAAUCCGAUCCGCCCGUUGUAAAAAAAAAGCGUAAACAGACAGCGCGUGUGCAAAGUGAAGACUAUACCACUGAUCCCACAACUGAAGAUGAGACAGUCAAACGGUGCAAGGGUCCACAAAAGACGACCAGAAAUUUGGCAUUGGAAGAUGCCAUGGCCAGAAAUUCAGGGGAAGACGCCGUAGACGGCGCCGCGCCAAUCCUGGCUCAAAAGGCUCGCCCCAAACCCACACUAGUGGCUACCACUAUUUAUGAUUAA